ACUACUCAAUGAAACGGUGGUUGGAUGGUGGAGUGUUUUAGCAAUAUGGCUACGUGUCGAUUGUGUUAUUGCGUGUUUAAGAUACAAUCAUAAAUACUACCCCUAGUGGGACGGGUUUUACGAUCGUUUAAUAAAACCGGCUUGCUGAUUGCAAACAUGUCAACGAUUAACAAAUGGGAUUUGUCCCAGGAGGACAUGAAAAGUGCGUCAAAAGAUGAAAAGGAAUUGUUAUUAGAGCACGAUAGUGAUUCGGACGAAAAUAUGCUGUUUAAUCGACCAAGUACAUCUGUAGAAACUAAAGUGGAUGAAAAAAUGGAUAAUGUUAGGCUUGAAAUUCAAAAGGUCACAGAAGUGAUGCGGGAGAAUGUACAGAAAGUAAUGGAACGAGGAGAGAAGUUGGAGGAUCUACAAGAAGCUAGUAAUCGAUUGACUAUGGCCGGAGAUGAAUUCAGAGCAGCAGCAAAAAAAUCUCAACAAAGGGCGUGGUUGCAGAACUUUAAAACAAGAAUUAUUCUAGUCACUAUUACAGUGACUAUCGUCAUUUGUAUUAUUGUCAGAUCGGCGCGUAUCGUUUUCAGUUCUGGACAUCAUGGUGCUUUACCUGGUUCUCAGAUAGCGAACACGAUGUAGUGACCCUCGAUCGUUCGAUUUCAGUAUCCAUCAUCAUGAAAUAUUCAUAAUCGAGGCAGCCAGACUGAAACACUACUGUUUACAAGAGCAUGUUUAUAUUUGUACCUGUCUUUCAUGGAUUAUUAUCUACGUGAAUUAUUAUCAUAAGUUUAUAUAAAUAUAUAUGUUGUUAUUUUCAU